GUGAGUAUCAGUAGUAACCAGGACUGUGACAGUUACCUGUGACAGUAUCUAACCGUUGUUUGGACUUAAACGGGAGGGUUACUAAAAGCAUCACAUUAGUACUUCCUAGAUACUAACGACUGCUUUUAUCCAGCAAUGGAUGUUCCCAGCAGUCCCGGUUCACAUUUGAGAGUCAAAUCUCCACAUCGGCAUAGGCGUCGCCAUCACUCUCCAAGUCGAACAGGGAGCGGAAGUGAUUUACGACAACACCAGUCAAGACAUGUGACCGUAGUGACAAAUUCUGGUAAACCGGAAGGAGAAGAUUAUGAACUUCCACCGAGAGAUUAUCAAAACCCUCUGGUACAGGAAUCGGAUGGGAAUUUCUUUGAAAGUUUCACAGCGUUGUCAUGGAGACAAGCCAACAAGAGACUACGUGCUACAUCUGAGGAUGGCCACGAUCGACACCCACCAUCGGAGACACAGUUCGCCAUCAAGCCGAAAUCCCAACAUCUCACGAAGAACGAGUUCGAGCUUCUGUACAUAGAGGUCCUGUACACCAUUAAACACAAGAUCGGGACAACAGCGGGUGGACAUUCGCCUUUCAUACAGGACCUGUAUCAGUAUGCACAGGAAGCGUUCGGCAUUAGUCCAGAGGACCACGCCCACCUUCUUGCUAGGGCUACAGAGGAAAAGCCUCCUAUUGUCAUCUUGAAUAUUGCUGUUAUCAAAGCAAAGGACCUAGAAGCUAAAGAUGCAGACGGAUUCAGUGACCCAUAUUGUAUGUUGGGUAUAUGGCCAGGACGACUUGCAGACGGUGAUGUUUUCUCAGACGAAGACGAGCAAACAAAGACUAAAGAGAAAAAAGGAAGCAUCAGUAGAAAGCUUUCGAUGCCCGGAAGUAAGAAGAAACGAGACAAAUCUGCUCGUGACGUCAUUCCGGCUAAAUACAUUCGGAGUACUAAUGUUGUUCAGAACACACUAAACCCAGUGUGGAAUGAGAGGUUCCGAUUCGAUUUGGAAGAGGCUCACACAGAUCGACUUCAUUUGGAUAUAUGGGAUCACGACGAUGAAUUCUCCGUGAUUGAAGCAGCCAAGAAACUCAAUGAAGUCAAAGGUUUCACGGGGCUGGGUCGGUACUUCAAACAAGUGGCCCAGUCAGCGAGGACGUCGAAGAGCAGUGGCAGCGUGGAUGACUUCUUGGGCUGUGUCACCAUACCACUUCAAAACAUCCCGUCAACAGGACAGGAGACGUGGUUCCCACUGGAAGGCAGAACAGCCCGGUCCAAUAUACAGGGAGAAAUCAAGCUAAAGCUAAGUCUCGCCACGCGAGAGGACCGCGGGAUCGGGGAGGACGACAACUGGACAGACGUGCGUCAGCAUGAGCAUCUUAUAUCCGUGUUCGUGCAACAUGAAGUCAGGAAAAUGGACGACUCUCCAUCAAAAUGGAGGGGCGACUUGCCAAAAGCAGCUAUGACUAUCCUCCAUCAGCAUGCGAUUCAGGGUGACGUCACAGAUGGCCAGCAGGCAAUGUGUAAAUGGAUUGCAUACAGCCGGAAACACAUGGAGCACCACUUCGACUACCGAGUUCUUCUAAAGCUGCUUGGAGAGCUUGAUCGGCUAUGGUCACCAGAUUCAUUCUCCAGAGAAGAGGAAGAAUGUCUCGCAGAAUCCUUCAAACAUUUCAAUCAAUACUGCCUUAGUCUGCUUAGUAAACAACGAGAAGUAUUCCCGACAUCCGGCAAACAAAGCAUCUGUCGCCUAGAAGCCAUGAUGCAAUGCCUGGCAACCGUGUACAGUAUGGAUGUGUUCAGACGGGUUUGCCCGUUUGAAAAGGAACUUCAUCCAGAGGUCAAGGUCGCAAUAAAGAGAGGCACUCAAGAGUGGUAUGACAGAAUAAGUCACCUGAGACAUUCAAACUCAAAGUCAUCUGACCACGAAGAGGAUGUGAUACAGAGGUUAAUAGAACUAACAAAUCACCUGAACGCUGAUUUGAUAUCCGCUUUGUCCACCUACAACCUGCUUUAUGAACAAAUUUUCAAAGUACACUACUGCGCCACCACAUAUCGCCAGCUGGAGAAAUGGCUGUCAACUGAUGUAUUCAAAGACCUACAGGAAGAGCUCGGAGAGGAUUUCAAUAAAGACCUAAAACAAACACUGAGCAGAGUUGAAAACCGAUCGGAAGAAUCGUCGGCGAGAGGUUCAAGCCUUAUUAUGGGAACCUGUUUGUUUGAGCUGUACUUAGCGUUGCAAGAAUUCUGCAAUUUUCGUGAAAAUUUACCAAGCGGAGAUCAAAGAAAUGUUCAGAUUGUGCAAUAUUACCAAUGGUUCCGGUUUGUCGCGGCAAAUUGGAUAGAGGUUGCUAGACAGAAAUCGCUGCAGAGAAUCACGAAGGCAGUGGAACUCGACAAGGUAGCUGAGGUUACCGAGGGUACAAAGUACAGUACUUCAGCUGUCGACGUGUGUUGCUGCUUUUCACAGAUGACUGAGUUUUGGAAGCAGUUGAAUUGGCCAGACCUCCUGGAUGCUUUUCCAUUGGUUCAGAAACUGUCAGAGGACAUUAGCAAAGGUGCGGUGACAUACGCUGAUAUGAUACACCAGAAACUAAAAGAUGAAGGUUACUAUGACGAGGUUGGGCAGUUUGAUGUCACAGAACAGCUAUGCAUUACAAUAAACAACAUAGAACAGGUCCGUCGGGCGUUGAAGCCUCUCCCGGAGAUGUUGAGGUUCUCUGACAUACAGCGAGCUGUUGAGUCGAACAACGGUACAGGAAAAGGCUACAAGUUCAACCUAAACACGAUCGUCAAGGAGGCAGACGAAUGCAUGGUGAAGAAAAUCAAGACAGUGGUGGAUAGAGUGGCGGAUAAGAUGAGACCUGAUAUAAAGAAAGAUGUGUUCCACUUGAACUGGGCACCAGAGUCUGUCCCUGCUGACGACGCUAUUGGGGACUUGCUCACUUAUCUUGAUAGCAACCUACUGACCAUGAAUAAGAAUCUGCUCAAGACAAACUUUGACCGAAUUUUGUUGUCACUCUGGGUAGAAGUCUUGGCGGAAUUCAAGGAUACAAUUUUGAAAGAAGAACCGAGACAACCAAUCAUGUAUAAAAGGAUGUACGACGCCUUAGAAUUACUAGUCGACUUUUUCCAUGCAAACGAAAAAGGCUUACAAAUACAAAAAAUACAAUCUGAACAAUACAAGGAGCUGAAAGGAAUGCUUGAUCUGCAAAAACGCAACACAUUCCCGUUGAUAGAGGUAUUCUAUGAAGAGAAAUUACAGCAACAGAAAGCACGGACUAGUAAGGAAUACGGCAUACUCAACGUGAGGAUGUGUUACAGACAGGACUCACAGUCACUGCUAGUGGAGGUCCUAAAUGCAAAGGAUGUUAUACCGCUGGAUGCUAACGGUCUGAGUGAUCCGUUUGUGCUACUCCAGCUGUGUCCAGAACACGUGUUCCCAAAUGUUACGAUACAGAAAACGAAUAUUGUGAAAAAGACAUUGAAUCCAACAUUUGAGGAAACGUUUGAAUUUGACAUCACUCCCGAACAGUGUCGUCACGCAGGAGCUGUUCUACUACUGACGGUGAUGGACCAUGACUAUGUGUUCCAGAACGACUUUGCUGGGGAGGUGUAUGUCAGCCUGGCAGACUUGCCAGGGGUGGACGAGGAGAUUUCGGGGUUCGACGCCUUAAACAUCGUAUCACUGCCCAUGAUGCAACCAAAACAUAAAGAAAAUGGGGCAUUGGACGUGCUGGCAGCGAGAACAUGGGACAAGGACGCAGACGACUUUGUCAAGAAAAGGAAGAAGGUUGAGGAACAAGCUGUUUGAGGGACACAAGUCUCAGUAAUUGAAUUUGUCAAAGCUACAAAUUUAAUGUAUUUGUAGAUGGCAUUGUCCGGAACGUAUUCCUUAAGUAGGAACACUUGUACCGUAUACGGUAACGUACUCCAGUCCUCAUGCAUCCUAAGGAUCUCGUCAAGACGUAAACGACAGUCACGUGACAGUGUGAUGAAAGAGGUGUAAUCAUUUAAGUGACAAUAAUCACACACGGUUCAGUAAACAAGUAUCAUCCAAAUAAAAAGGAUAAUAUCUAUUAAAAGCAAAUAUCCUGUGCCCACAGCCAUGCAGAAUGACCCUUGAAAUAUAAUUCAACGUUGAUGUCGUCGAGUGAAAAAUAAAUCAAAUCUCAAAUUAGUAACCAUAUUUGGAUAAUGGUUGUUUAUCUACAACGCACGAAUAUUCUAGAACAUUGAGACAAUAGGCAAUUGCACAAUUUAGUACAUGCACUAUAGUAUCAUUAUUUCUUUGGAGACAUCUGUAAAAUAGUUUUGUGUUUAAUAAAUUUUCUGUUGAAGAUGCUUUGCUAGUAUGGUUUACUGAAUAUUUCAUCUUUUCAUUUACUUAUACAAUCUGGAAACCUACAAUAAAAGCCAUUGUAAUUAUUGAUGUUAUGCAAACGUUGAACUUGCGUUAAAGGAGGACGUAUUUUGAGGAAAAAUAUGACUGUUUGGAUUAUAAGAAAUAUGCCAUUUUGUUGCUAAUUUUCAUUUUGAGACCAUGCAUAUUUUUAAAUAUCAAUUUGUUAAUUUGAAAAAAACAAUGUUUCGAAUUCACUUAAAUGGGAAUUAUCUGAUAGACAUAAAUGGCGAAUUUUUAGAAAUGAUAUCAAUUUCAUAAUAUGAAAGCAUUGAUGCUAUAUUUGUUGAAUUACUCAAUCAAACGUUGCGAUUAAGUUUUUGUGAAUUUUAAUCAAACGUUACUUUAAAUUUAAGAAAUGUGGUGAUUGUUACCCCACAUAAUGUUGUUAUUGUUCUUUUUAAUAAUUUCACAGAAUUGAUUAAAUUGCGUUAUUUUUAGAGUAAUGAAAUCAUGCAAUAUUUCAACUGUCAUUCAACGCCAUAACGUUUCUUUAUUUAAUAUAUAUAUACCUACAUACUGGAAAUAAUCGUCACACAACAGAUGAUUCAUAUGUAUAAUUGACGUCAGUUAUUAGAGGGGCUUCUGAUAAUCCGGCAAAAUGGUAAAUUCUAUCAUCUAUCCUUAAUGGAAUAAACCUGAAUAGCAUGUAAGGAACCAUCAGUGACCAUUAUAUGCUGAAAGAAUAAGAUGGACGAUUAAGAAAAAUAAUUACUCAUUUGAAAGUAUGUUGAUGGUUUUAUAACAUUACUUCUGUUUCAAUUAAUUGAAUGUCGGUGUGAAUAAAAAUAUUUUAUUUAUGCAAUGUUCUAGUCCGGUAAAUCAGUCAUAAUUAGUUAGCACUAUGUCAGCGUACAGUUAAUUAAAAAGUACUGUACAAAACGUCGAUAAUACUAUCGAUGUAAUCAUUGUGGACGUCUUAUUUACGACUAAACAUUCAUAUAAGUGUAUCGUAAUAUACAUUACAACAUCAAAUGUCAUAUGCUACUUCAUCAAACAUAAGAAAGAUUCAUUUUCAGUAGAUUUUGUUAGAGCAUUUUAUGUGUGUAAUGCAAGUGUACCCAAAAUGGAACUCUUUAUUGAAGAAAAUUAUAACUAUGUUUUAUGGAGGUAGCAGAACACCAUUUGUUUAUCGUAAUGAUACAAUUGAUGUCUUAAGCUUUCAUUUUGUUUAUUUCUCAGAUAUCAACAGCGCGUGCAUCUAUAACUAGAGCCCAUUUAGUUUAGUCAGCUUCACAUGUACGUUUUAACAAGCAAGUGUACCGAAUACCAGUAGACUUCAUCAAUUCAGUCAAUUCAUCAAAAUAACUGACAGCAUUGAAACUAUUUCCUUUUAUUUCAUGUAAUGUAAGUUUCGAUACUUUCUGAUUAUGCUAAAUGUUUAUGUUUUAAUUCUUCUUUGAACGUUGCCUUUUCCAUGUUAUGAAAAAACUGCAGGAUAUCAAUGUAGUCACACCUUAACUUUUUCCCGGGAAUAAGUUUUUUAUUCUUAUUUUUGUUUAAUUAAGCUUACGAGCUAGGUAGAAAAUAGUGCUCAUAUUGCUUAAAUAUCUAUUAAUUUCGACUAAAAAUACCAUUCAGUUGUAUCGAAAAAGAAAAGCGGCAUCAUAAAUUUGAAAAGUGUUCCGUUUUUGGUACUGUUCCAUUUCGGGAACCCUCAAUAUAGACGCAUGCAUUGAAACUUCGUUAAACUAUAAUCUGUCAAUGAAUAAAUUACCAUUUAAAUUCCUGUAAAUCAGAACUCCUUCACAAUUCUGCUCACCCUUUUACGCUUUACGUUACGAUGAGGUCGUGGCAAAAUGAGAGUCACUAUGUACCAGUGAAAUUUGUGUGGUUUAAGCUACUACUGAUCAUUAGAUCGUAGAUAUAAUUUAUUGGUUAUAUUUUUCUAACCCUUCGGUUACGUUUUUUCCUAUUAAGGUGCACCACUACCUAAUCAAGAGGCCAGCCACUUGCUUUUUGUAUAUGAAAUCCGAUGGAGAAUCUGACGAAAACUAUUUUUGAAUAUAUAUUGUGUUCCUUUAACGAUGUUUCAAUGUAUGGUUAAUUAUCCUAUGUACUUUUUGCACACUGUGAUGUUAUAUUGGUUAUCGACACGGAUAACGAAAUCAACGCACUCUGAAAAGAAAAUUAUUAAAAUUUUAACCUUUUGUGAUAUUAUGGUUUGAGAGAUUAUAUACGUAUAAUCUUCCUUGUGUUUAUCAUCAAAUAUAUUUUGUGUCGAGUACGAUUCCUUUUAAAUGAUUAAAUGCCGAUCUAUGCUCAUUGCAAAGACAAGUGGGCAUCUUAAAUGCUUAUUAUUAUCUAUAUAUAUAUUAAUCCUUGUGAAAUUUUAAUACGUCGUGCAUUCAACGUGCUUUCUGAUUUUUCCUUUUGAUAAACUUAUAUUGAUGCAAUGUUUUUGAUUAAGUUUAUUUACUUUAGGAUUUAGCUUAAAUAGUUUGACUUUUUAUUUGUUUUAAGACGACGGGGAUUGUUCGACUGACGUACGUUUGCUGUUGAACAUUUAACAAUCAAAUUUAUAAAAAGCAAUAUAAUUUGAGGAUGAGUGUACUAUAAUGAUUUGCUAUUGUAAAAGUCAAGAUUUCAUUUAAUUAUCUUCUUAAUAGCAACCUGACUAAUUUUAUUUUGACGGCAACAAAUACAAAUGUGUUUUGCAAUAUGCAUAUUAGGAAAGUCAAUAGUGGAUCCAAAUGUCUCGCCGCCGACAUUGGGAAUAAAUUCAAAACAUUUUAGCGCAAGUAGAAAACAAUUAAUUUCGCGAAAACUAAGUAAUUUGCAAUAUAUAUUCACAUUUUAGAAUAUAGAAUAUGAAUAUCUGAAAUGAUAUAUGUUCGUGUCUAUAAUUCCAAUAUUUUUACCGACCUGUUGCCUUCCUCACCACUAUAUACGAUAUAUACCUGUUGAUGUAUACAUCCUGUUUCACUGUCAUUACAACACGUUUCUUUUACGUUUCUAUCACUGUGGGCAAAUUACUGUGUAUUGUUAGUAUUCAAAAA